AUGUUCACGCCUGCCGCAAAGCGAAGGCGGGUCGACACCGCCAACGAGACGCUCAGGAAACCCUUCAAGUCGCCUAUGGUGCGGGACCGCGAAGAGCAAGUUGCGGGGCCUGCCGCUACCGAAGAUACUACAGCGUCAUCUCCGCAGCUGAAGCCGAAAGGAGCUACCCGUGCGGGCCCGGAUUCGGGUGUAGGCCCGCGUGGCACUACGGCCACCACGAGACCUCGGGGAGUCGGAACCCAGAUGACGACGCCGGCGAAGCAGGCGGCCACGCCUACGCGCCGGCCAUUCAGCGUGCCAAGACCGCAGCUACACCCCGGGGCGUCCCCUUCACCACUGAGAACAGGUUUUCACGGGGUCGCCAGGCCGGUCACGAAAGGCGGUGUUUCAGUGCCAGGCAGUAAGAGCACGAGGGAGGCCGAGGGUAGGGAGGAGAUUCUCCGGCAGGCUGGGCGGAUCCGUGGCGGAGGCGAGGGCGAGACGGACGAGGAGCUUCUUGAGUUGAUUGAGAAAUGGAGGGCGGCGAGCCGGAUCGCGGCAGAGGAGGUGUUUGAAGGGUCUCGGGAGAGGGUAGAGGGGAUGGGCGGGCUGAAGGCCUGGAGGAGGGCCCGGAGGGAAGAUGGGGUCAGGUUUGCGGAGAGGAUGAGGGAGGAGGAUGGCGAAGGGAGGGGCCGUGGGCAUGGGGACGAGGGCGUUGAGGAGUCGUCGCCGGGACAUGUGGAAGAGGAGGAUGGUCGCGAGGCGCGUGAAGAUGACGACGGCGAGGACGAGGCGAGCACUGCAACCCGGCUACGAGGGGAGCGAAGUACUGACGAUCAGCAGGAGUUUACCAUGGGUACGAUGCUCAGAAGUAUGAAUAUCAGCUUCGAUAUCAUUGGGUACGACGAGGACACCGGGUGGUGGAGGGACGGGUGA